UACUCUGUCUCUGGAUGUCAACAAAUCAAGCGCGCGAAACUCAUCAGACGAUCAAAAGUCCAUUUUCAACGAUUGGCUGACAUUUUGAUUGAGGUAUAAUGGAUCUUUCAGAUUUUGCCAGUGACAACAGUAGAAAUAUAGUUUUAAAAUCCAUUGUUCCUCAAGUUUGUAAAGAUGAACCAUGUUGUUUGGGAAUAGAUGAAGCUGGGAGAGGACCCGUUCUAGGCCCUAUGGUUUAUGGAGUUAGUUUCUGCCCGGUGUCUUGUAAGGAAAGGCUUGCUGACCUAGGAUUCGCAGAUUCUAAGACCUUGACUGAGGAGCAGAGAGAUAAUCUUUUUUCUAAGAUCAAGCAAGCAGAUGAUUUUAUUGGAUUUGAGGUGGAAGUUCUCUCCCCCAAUUUCAUAUCCACAGCAAUGCUGAGAAGAACUAAGUACAGUUUGAAUGCAAUAUCUAUGGACUCUGCCAUUGGUUUGCUGAAUCUAGCUAUACAGCAAGGAGCUAACAUCAAAGAGGUAUAUGUUGAUACAGUUGGAGAUUCCACCAAGUACCAGGAGAAACUUCAAGGAUUGUUUCCUGGUUUAGAUAUCACUGUUACACCAAAAGCUGAUGCAAAGUUUCCCAUCGUCAGUGCUGCCAGUAUAUGUGCCAAGGUGAUGCGAGAUCAGGUUUUAAAGUCUUGGACAUUCAAAGAAGGUGAUGAUAUUGUCACAGGAAACUAUGGAAGUGGAUACCCUGCAGAUCCAUCAACGAAGCAAUGGUUAUUGGACAACGUGGAUAAAGUGUUUGGAUAUCCCCAGUUUGUACGCUUCAGCUGGUCUACAACUAGUACUAUUUUAGAAAGCAAAGCCCGUUGUGUACACUGGGAUGAUGAUGAGGAAGACACUGCUAAAGGAUCAGCUUCUUUAUUCUCAUUCUUUGCUCCUAAAAAUGCCGACCCAAAAGACAAACAACAUUCCUUCUUUGAAGAGAGGCAUCUGAAAAGAGUUGUAUCAUUCUGAUUUCUACAUCAAACACAAUGUUUCAAUCUGUGUCGUCAUAAAAUUUUAACAAACUCACUCUCACGGAAAACUCCUCUUUAAAGAGAGGCAUCUGAAAAGAGUUGUGUCAUUCUGAGUUCUACAUCAAACACAAUGUUUCAAUCUGUGUCAUCAUAAAAUGUUAACAAACGUAUUCUCACGGCAAACUAAAAAGGCCUUCCAUGCAUCAGGCCUGGUUAAGGUGAUCCUUAUGGACGUUGUUUAUAGCUUUGCCCAUAAAAUUCAUCACACUGCGCACAUACGCUGCCCGCCCAAAGAUUUUGCCACUUUUGGGUCCAAAGCUGGUAUCAUGUUUGUUUGUAGUUUUAAGCAUUUGUUAAGACAGAAACUUAAAUUUUGAGAAGACUUUUGUGAUUAUCAAAGAAAAACUCGACUGAAAGGAACUCCCAUGGUAAUCAGUGGAGCCAGUUUGUGUUAAGUGGGCAUGGCUUACAGUGAAAUAAUGUCAUGCAGCACAACCAUAUGUUUUGCCUUCCUUUGAUGUGUACACACAAAAUCAUAUAGUUAAGUUGUUUCUUGACCAGCAGAGCGAUGGGCCAUAACAAUUUGGUCUUUUCCGUAAAAUAGCUCACUGCAAAAUCAAAAUCUGUAAACUGUGAUAACUGAUUAAAGAUACACAAAUCUUUAUUAUUUUCAAUUAGUACAAUUGCAUUGUCAUCAUUGACAUUGUAAUAUUCAGCGUACUGAAAAUAGUGUGGUUAUAAUAAAGGCAAUCAGCAUAACAAGAUUAAAAUAAACUAAACAUUGAUCACUAUAUAUUGUAGUUUAUAUACCUAUGUACAGAAUGGUUCGUUGAGAUUGAAAAGCGCUUCAUGUGUUAAACACAGUGGCGUAGCUCAAUGAGUAAAAUAAUUACAAAAUGUUUGCUGUUCAGAGGCAAAUUUUGAAAAAGGUAAAACAAAUAAAGGCUAUAUUAUUUGAUUAUUACAACGUUUUGUUCUGACUGCUAAUUUUUCUGCCAAUGUUAAUGUAUAUGAAAUAAUAGGUGCAUAGAUGUUCCAUCUUACUACAGUGUCCUGGAUCAUUCGUAUAGGCAUAUUGACUAAAUCCACAUUUGUUUCUUGUAUUGCCUGUGUCAUAUCAGAAAGUAAAAAUUGUGUUAAAAUGCACGAAUUUUCCCCAAAAUUAGUAGCUUGAAAUCAUCAGUCAGUUAAUGUCCUGAACAUGUUAAUGUCCAUACCACUUGACUAGAGAUUGUCAUUUGCCUGUGCCUCAUUAGGCUUUGUGCUUGCAAAAGUGCCCUUAACAUUUUACCAACUAGAAGAUUUGCCUCUAUUGGUGCAGAUGGCAAGAGCUGCGAGGUUGGCAAUUAUGACAAAAAAUCACCCAAAACAUGGAUUUGUGCUUUACUUAAAACAGUUUAAUAAAAAAAAAAA